UAUACCAAUGCACUCUUUAGUACGCAUUUGUAUAGCAAAGUACUGCAGUAGUACGUCUUGACCUUUUGUAUAGGUGAGUUAGGGUUAGGUAAAAACACCUCAUUUCUGAAGCUGUCGUCUCUCCGGGGUGCGCUCGUGCGCAUGCGCAGUCUCCGCCUGCAGCUCGGUCCGUGGCGGCUGCUGCUGCUGUCUCUGUCCGCCGCUCAGAGAAGCUCCGUGUUUUUCCGCCGCGUUCUCGCCCGUUUAUGCGUCCGAAUCCGCCCGCGCUGCUCGGUCCGUGCUCCCGGUAAAAGGCUCGUCUCACCACGGCUCUGGGCGUUAUGCGCUCAAAUGAGGCCUACACGCUGAAGCUGUCCUCCUCUUCCUCCUGCUCCUCCUCCUCCUCCCAUGCAUGAAUCUCACCGUGAUGGCUGAUGAUCAACAACAACAGCCCGGUGCUCCCGGAGCGUCCCUGCAGAGCCCCGAAGCGACGGCGCUGCAGUACAACAAGAUCAAGAAUUCCAUUUGCAAAUCAGUACAAUCAAAAGUGGAGAGUAUAUUGCAAGAUGUUGAGAAGUUUACAGAUAUUGAAAAGCUCUACCUCUACCUUAAGUUGCCUUCUGGUCCCAGUGGUGGCAAUGACAAAAGAACUGAAAAUCAGAGGGGCUCUGCAAGUCCUGCGAUAUGCGACCAGAAUUCCAUGUCGUCCAGCCGGACUCAACAGAUGUACGCGUUCAACUGGAUCCGAAAUCACUUGGAAGAGCACCCAGAAACCUCACUGCCAAAACAAGAGGUGUACGACGAAUACAAGAGUUAUUGCGACAAUCUGGGUUACCAUCCUUUAAGCGCAGCUGAUUUUGGAAAGAUCAUGAAAAACGUUUUUCCGAACAUGAAGGCACGCCGUUUGGGCAUGAGGGGGAAAUCAAAGUACUGCUACAGUGGGCUGAGAAAAAAAGCAUUUGUGCACGUGCCAUCACUCCCUAACCUGGACUUACACAAAUCAGGAGACGGGUGUGAGUUGUUGGACUCGACCGGACAGUCUCCCAGUGCUGAGGAUGAGAUGCGCUCGGCAGCUUGCGGUCUGGUCUGCGAAUGGGCUCAGAAGGUUUUGAGUCGCCAGUUUGACAGUGUGGACGAACUGGCACGCUUUCUUCUCAAUAGUCACUAUAUAGGCACUAAGUCCAUGGCAGCUCUUACUGUUAUGACUGGAACCCCAACAGGUAUGAAAACCCCUACGCCUGCCUCUGCCUUUGUGCCAACUGGUGAAGCCAACUCAUUCCAGCCCCAAGUGAAGACCCUCCCUUCGCCUUCUGUAGACGCCAAACAGCAGCUGCAGCGGAAGAUUCAGAAGAAACAGCAGGAGCAGAAGCUCACCUCUCCUUUGCCCACUGAUGCCCAGGCCAGAAGGGCAGAGGCGGGCACACCCGGCCCUGGAUCCAGCCUGACCACUGGAAGUCCUGCAAUACUGUCCCCUCAACCAACCAUAGGCAUUGUGGUCACUGCUGUUCCAAGUCCUAUCACAGUUCAGAGAAACAGGCAACUAAUGACCUCUCCAAGUCCUGUUGGGGCAGCAGAGGGAAAAGUUGUUCCUGUUAACUUCCAGGUCGUGACACAACCUGUUAAGCAGUCUCCAAAAACACCCCAAAAUUUCCCUGCCAGCCCAGUCGGUGACAGGUUGGCCAGACACCGAUAUGCUCAGAUUUUACCUAAACCCUCUGCCACAAGCGCCAUUGCGCUUCGCUCGCCCCCAACGCUCCUAAUCACCAACAGCCCCAUCAAGACGGUGAUGCCCACGCCCCAUGUUAGCUCUUUAAAUGUGGUCAAGAUGACUGCAAUUUCGUUAGCGCCUAGCAGUAGCAGUAGUAGUAGUAGUACUCCUACCCCGUUGCGACCUGCUUCGACAGGUUUCAGUAGCACAGCUUCCCUGGAAGAAUCUUGCCAAAUCCAGCAAGCGCAGAAUGGGGCGUCUGUCAUGUCUCUCCAGUCAUCUGGGAAAGCUGGACGUCCCUCCACGACCCCAACCCCAUCAGCAUCCAUUGUUACCAGUGAGGUAAAAGUGACAUUCGAAGCUGUGAAUGACAGUAACUCAGCUACUGCUGUUUAUAAACAAAUCACUGCAUCAGGGGCAAGUACAGGACUAAAGAACGAAAGAGCCACUAAAUUCAGGGCUUCCAGUGAACCCUCUUUUCUUAUUAAGGCGUCCCCUGUGCCUGAGAGAGUGACAAGGGCCAAGAGUGACUCUACAACCCCUUCAAGUACAAUCAUGGGGGCUCUUGCCCCAAGCAGCAAUAACAACAACGAUCAACCAGAAAGUACUUUGUAUUUAACUGUUACUAGCCAGAAUGUAGAUGCCGAAUUGUCAUCCAUUUGUGCGAUGGCAACUGCAAGCACUUCUUCAAAAGAUGCUAGUCUCGGUCCAAAAAGCCCUCGAAAACGCUCUGCAUCUGUUUUGGAAACCCAUACAAUCCCAGUUAAAAGAGUAUUCAUUUCCCAGCAACCUUUGGAUGUUGGCUACAAUGCCAAGCCUGGUAUUGUAAUAGCAGCUAAGAAGAUUCAGAGACCUGGCACUCCAGCAAGACCAGAGAGCGCUCCAUGCAAAGUUACACUAAAACAGAGUAGCUCUCUUCCAACUCAAAUCUUAGCUCUUUCUGACACUCCCAUUGGCGCCCUGGACACCUCCCAGAUGGUUAAUCCUCAGAAUGAAGUUGCUGAUAUUAGCCCUAGUGAAACUGCUUCUGCUAAUAGCACAGCUUUACUGCAGCAAAUCCAAAGUCACCAACAAAUCAGCAGUGACCUUUGUCAGCAGGUAUCUACUGUAAGUGAACUCAAGAGUUCGCUGCAAGACUACUCGCAACAGAUGCAAGCAGAACACAAGCAGAUUGCCGCUAAUCCAUUAUCGUUGAUGGCCCAGGCAACUGAGACCACUAGUCAGCUUCAGUCAAGGCAUCAGGACGGAAACUUGGGAAGGCUAACAACCAUUUCUCCAGUGCAACAAGGACAGCAAACCACCCUUAGUAGCAAGCAAGAAAGUUUUGCCGUCCCAGCUCCGUUGGACAACAAAGGGGCAGGAAGCACAUCUACAUCUGGAGGUGGAACCUUCCGGUGUCGCAGCGUUAGCCCAGCAGUUCGCCAGCGUAACCUUAGUGGCACCACUGCACAAACAGUCACCACCCCACGAUCUGUUGUUUCUCCCUUUAAUUGCCCCCUGACAUUUGAGGUUCUGAACAUUUUGUCCAACAACCAGUCUGGGGUCAGUGCCAGCAGCUUGGCCCAGAGGAGCCAAUCAGUUCCACUAAACAUCAUGAUGCAGUCUGAGCUGCUUCCCAUCAGUCACCAGGGGCAGCAAAGCAAUAGCGCUAAGAUCACCACCGUGCUCCUUAGCAAGAUGGACACGGAUGGAGACGAUGCAGUGCGAGGGCUGGGUGUAAAUAACCUGCCCGCCAAUUACACAGCACGGAUGAACUUAACCCAAAUCCUGGAGACGACACAGGGCUUCCCCGGAGGCCCCAACUUUCAGAACCAGCAGCUGCCUCUGGACUCAAGCCCUUCGCCUUUUGACUUCCAGAAGACGGGUUACCUCAUAAGUGCGGGAGAGGAGCAAGUCACCUUCUCCAGUGGUGACAGUCAAGCACAAUCGGGCUCUGGACUGCAACGACCGGAAGAGCAGCUUCAGCUCCAGGAACCGCAGUUGGAGUUGCAAGACCAACAGCUACAACUCCAGAAUCAACAGCUGCAACUUCCAGAUCAGCAAUUACAACUCCGAGACCAACAGCUACAACUUCAAGACACACAGUUGCAACUCCAGGACCAACAGUUGCAGUUGCCGGACCAACAACAGUUACAAGAUGACCCAGAUCUCACCCAGCACCACUUGUUGCCCCAAACCUCGCAGCAGGUUGUGGAUCAGGAGCAGCAAGAGCAACUGGACUUCAACACUACUGUCAAGGAUCUCUUGGGGGAGGACAGCCUCAACCCCAGUUCGCAACUCGUCGGACAGGUGGCGUCAGAGCUCAGUGCUGUCGCCUCUGACUUUUCCAGCGAUAUCCGGUUGACUUCUGACCUUUCAAGUAGCAUUAACGACCUAAACACUUUGGACCCCAACUUGCUGUUUGACCCCAGUCAGCAGCAGGACCAAUUUGAAGACGCCACACUGGAAGAACUGAAGAACGAUCCUCUGUUUCAGCAGAUUUGCAGCGAUACUGUGAAUUCUGCUGGUUUUGAUUGGCUGGAGAAUAAAGACCAGCCAACCGUGGAAAUGUUGGGAUAAUAUUAUUUCCCGUUCUUUUACUGUUGAUGUUGCUGUCGUCUGUUGUUGUUUAUAUUUAUGGUUUCUGUUCAGCGUUUGUUUUUUGUAUUGCAACGUUUUGUGUAUCCUUUACGUACAAAAAUAUUGAAUGAUGUGUCUGUGCAGCAAAAAUCUGGACGCUUUGGACUGUCCAGUGUAAAGUGCCAGCCUGAGGUAAAUCUCUUACAGGCAUGUGCUUUAUCUGAAUUUUUUUUUACAAUCGUUUUGUUUGUAUUCCUGUUGUAUGAUUUCAUAGAUCAUUCCAGUCAUUUCUCCUCACUCAGAAGUAGGGCUGGGUAUCGUUCAAAAAUGUUCGAUACCGAUACCUUGACUUCG